GCUCAAUUCAGGGGCCAGAAUUUAAGGAGUAAUAUGGAUUAUAUAAGCACUGUAACCUAGGAGGUAGGCAGACCUUGCUCGCCUCCUACCACUCGCGGAUCCAUACAAAUUAGGUAUGUUACCAUAUACGGAGUACGAUGCUGUAGUGAUUGAUCGUCGUUCCGGGAGGUCAUCGACCACCUACAGGUAGGCAACUGGGCUGGAAACCUACGUAAUUGUUUUUUUACACCAAUACAUAUUCCAUACUACCACGUUCGAAGAUUUCAAUGAUCAGCCAAAGGGGCACUAGAGUGCUAACCUCUUUUAUUGUUCCCACAGCUUUUGAGAUGCGUUCGUUGUGUUUUCGGUUCCCGUCUCGGCAACCGUAUCUUGGGUACCAAAUGCGAAAAAAUUUGUACUGCUGACAGUUAACGAUGAUAAAAGCACUACACGGCCCGCAAGCAUCUUUGUAGAUCGUAUAUUUAUAGACCGUAUGUACUACAUGAUUGCCAUUGUGCAUCGAAUAACUAUUUCACCGGUGGAUCGCUUCUUGCUCUAGUCGCCGACGGUGAUAUGGCUUCGUCUACUGUCGCCAACCAUGACCUCCGCGAGCCCCACGGUUCUCCAUGGCCACACUAUUCGCUGAUAGCUCUCCAAUUCUGCCUUCUCGCGGGUCCCCCGUUUCGAUACCGCCGGGCUGUCGCAAUCAUCGGAACGAUAGCCCUCAUGACACAAUGCUGGCUACAUCCGAACUUUUCCUCUGACUUUGACGUUGCUCAGCCCUUUUCGCUUACGUGGUCUAUAUACUUGACCACGCUCGAGAAGCUGGUGUUGAUACCGUCGACAGCGACUACGGAGAUGUCAUUCUGGCGAUCUGACAUGCCCGCCCGAGAGGCGACGGCGUAUGCGUCUUUCGGAGUGCGGAAAAUUAGGUGGGCAUUGGUACUCAUGUUCAACAUGCGCGGAGUGCGCUGGAAUUACGAGGUCAAGAACGUGCCCAAAAUGCCAGAUGCGCUGAUUCAAUCUCGAGCGCGUUUUCUUCUUCACCGCACCAUCGCCGCCGUCUACUACCUCCUAAUGGCCGAUUUGGCCGGUCAGACCGCCUUACAAGUGUUCUACACAAAUGAAGUCACUCUACUGCGGGGAGAUGUUGACUCCAAACUCCUCACGAUACGGGAUGAAAGGAGCGUGGUUUGGAGCUUCGUCCGCGCUUUGACGUUCGCGGUGCAACCAUACUACAUCAUCCAGGUUCAGUAUAGUGUCAGUUCGAUAAUCGCGGUCAUCACUGGUAUGAGCAGGCCUGCAGAUUGGCCAGGGAGCUUCGGACGCCUUUCCGAAACUACCACACUCCGAGUUUUCUGGGGCAAAUAUUGGCAUCAGACUCUACGCCGCCUAUUUCAUGCGUGGACUAGUGCCUUUCGCGAUGCCUGUGGCAUGAAGCCGGGGACUUGGCAAUCUCGGUAUACACAGCUAUGGCUGUCGUUUGUGAUCUCGGGAAUCGGGCAUGCCGCAUCUAUGCUGAUUCUCCCGAGCCCGAGUAACAUCACCAUAGAAGAGAGAACAGUCGGAUUACUCUGUUUCUUCGUCUGGCAGGCAGCCGCGAUCACAUUCGAGGACGGCGUAAAACAUAUAUGGCGCCACUGGCUCGGGGGGCCAACUGGGGAGAAUGGCUACGCGGUGCGAUUGCUUGGCUAUACGUGGGUGGUGGGCACUCUCUGGUACUCGAUCGGGUGGGCCGGGGGCGUAUACCUCCGCAUGCGUCUUGGUGAGCAACCGUUGUUCCCCGUUACCUUGUCUGGUGCGCUGCUACAGGAAUGGGUUCCCCAACUACGGAACUACGCAGUGUCGCGUCGAACGUGAAUGGGAGAUUCCACGUAGUAGAAGGACGAAGAGUCAUCGCGAUUCUGGCACCCAGAAUCGACACCGGGCAAGGAGGAUAAACUAGAUCGAAGUGUCUAUAGGACUAACAUACUCGCAACUGGCUGUUUGUAGUCAAAUACGACCCAAUAGCCAUAUUAUAGCAUCUUAACAAUCAAGCAUGUUUCGAACGUUCUGGAAUGCUAGGUGGUUAUCUCUGAUGAAACUGUUGGGCUCUUCUUAUACAUGUGAUAUUCGAGAGAGUUUUCGAUGUAUCUGGGUUGAGGCUCAAUCUCAUUCUUGGGACUCUUCCAUCUCAGUACUGCGUCUACCUAGUACUUGAUCCAGGCGAUUCAACGCUUCAACCAAACUCUGAGGUUCAACGGCGAAGU